CAAGUGGGGGAGGUCUUUGUAGCAAGAGGACUUGUUCAUUUAUUUUCAAGGUUAAUAAUGGGGAAUUAGGUGAUAUGGUUUAUUAGGCAUUGUACUGAAGUCUUGCUCGCCGACAACGUGCUCCAAUGAUGGUGGAUUUCGCCCGCCUCUAUAUCUUGUUGGAUGCGCUGGGUUCGCGUACUUCUCUGUCCUCUGUGGUUCAAAUUAAUCUCAGUUUCUCUCCCUCAAACAUGGUACAAUCCAAGAAGUUCAGAGGAGUCAGGCAGCGCCACUGGGGCUCAUGGGUAUCUGAAAUACGCCACCCGUUGUUGAAGAGAAGGGUGUGGCUGGGCACAUUUGAAACAGCAGAGGAAGCAGCUCGGGCUUAUGAUCAGGCCGCCGUUUUAAUGAGUGGCCGGAAUGCAAAAACCAACUUCCCAGUAGCCCAAACUCCUACUCCAGAAAACACUAGUACUUACCAGGACCCCCAUUCAUCAACCAAGGCCUUAUCGGAAAUCCUACAAGCCAAGCUCCGGAAAAGCAGCAAGGUGCCUUCUCCAUCACUGACAUGCCUGAAGCUGGACCCCGAGAAUUCCCACAUAGGGGUGUGGCAGAAGAGCGCAGGGCAGUGCUCCAAUUCGAAUUGGGUUAUGAUAGUUGAGCCAGGGGAGAAGAAGAAAGGCCAUACUUCAGAGGGUGCAUCGCCAUUAUCAAAAUCAAGUUCUCCAUUGCCAGGGCCUGAAUUCGGAAGCGGGAUGGAAAUCGAAGAAGACAGAAUUGCACUGCAAAUGGUUGAGGAGCUUCUUGACGAGAAUUGCCCUAGCCCUAUACUUGAGAUUCAAGAUGGUGAAGGUACCCAAAUGUAGAUAACAAUGAGUAACGUCAAGGAUAAUAAUGGUUCUUGUUUGUUUAGUUUAUGCUUGGUCUUAAAGACUUUAUUUUAACAUGUUGAUUUGGAUUAUGUGUUAUGUUUUUAAUCAUCGAGAUAAUUUGAAUUGAAUUAGUAUGUCAUAAUUAUUGUGAAUAAUUAAACUUCUAUAUUGGAAAGAUAGUUUUAGCU